AUGGAGAAGCAGAACAUGCAGCAGCCUGGGAAGAGGCUAAAAGCUCAGCAAACUACAAAUCUGAACCUUCCUCCUGAAGAUCUUGAUUCAUCUGGUGAUGAUGACGAUGCGUUCUCAGGUUCAGGUAUAGCUCCCCUGACUGACCAGUCUCGCACCUGGAGAGCCCCAGGAGAACCAACUAAUUCCUCAUUACUGGCAACACCAAUGGAUUUCAACGAACAGCCAUUUCCCGGGAUUGAGAGCCAAACUGAAAAGGAUGUAGUAUCUCCUUCUGCAACUAGUACUGUAGUGACAGAGGAGCCAGUUGUAGCUGUGAAGGACGAAGUACCCGUCCUGGGCUUACCUGAUGAGAAACCAACAAAUGAUGCGGUUACAACAACAGUGAGAAGCCCCACUACUCACUUUCCUUCAGUGGUUCAUGUAACUCCUUCAGAAGCCUCAGGCACAGUCCAUGUGCUCGAACCUAAAAUCCCUAUAUCCGAUGUGCCAGACACUACAGACGUGCCUGAGCCCCACUCUACCAGCCAUCAUGAGGGAGACAUCACUGCCACCCCCACGACAACAGCUCCAGAGGACGUUGUUCCUACACAUGAGGAGGUUUCUGAAGAUGGCUCUGGAGACCCGGGAGACUUCAUCUUGACUAAAGAUGAUGAUUUGGUCCCCACCCGGAACUCGGAAGUACCGGCUGACUCUGGGAGGAAUGCCAAAGCAGCAGGAGCCUCGGGAAUUAUGGACAGAAAAGAAGUUCUUGGAGGUGUUAUUGCUGGAGGACUAGUAGGCUUGGUGUUUGCAGUGUUUCUAGUUGCAUUUAUGCUGUACAGAAUGAAGAAAAAAGACGAAGGCAGCUAUUCACUGGAUGAACCAAAACAGUCUAAUGGAGGAUACCAAAAGCCACACAAACAAGAAGAAUUCUAUGCAUAAACACUGAUCUUCAGGACACUUCUUAUUCCAUCUUUCUUGGACUCUUCUCUCCCUGCACGUGGACCUCCUAGUGUGCUUUGCAUUAAACUUAAGCCAUAUGAUCAUUGGGUUAUUUGCCCUUACCACUUUGCCAUUGGGAAUUUUAUAACUACAAAAUAGAUCUGGAUUCAUUGAACAUUCCCUGCUUUCUUGCACAACUUUUUUUUUUUUUUUUUUAAACAGAAGUGGGACUGCAAGUUCCUAAACUCACUUUGGUUUAUCUAAAGACUGCUGGGGCAGGCGGUGGGGAGAAGAUAGGGAGCACUGUAUGUAUAAACCUCCUGAUAUUUAGGGAAAGGGCUAGCAACAAUAAACAAUUAUCAGUGCUCAAAUUCUGUAUAGCAGGGAUCCUUCCUAUUUAACUCAUAGAUGUGUUUUAAGUGUAACAAAUGGCUGCGCUGGGCAGAUGUUUGGCACGCUGCAAUCCUCUAGCUCUUCUUAACUGCCAUAUUUGGAGCACUUAAUACCUAUGAAACAUCAAGCUGAACAUGAUUUCUAGUGAAAUGAGGUGUGAGGGCCAGGGUAAGCAAAUGACUGUCACAAUGUUUAAAAUAACUUUUAUUUUGGAAACAUCCCAUACUCAGAACCAGCUCCUAAGCAGCUGGUGCAUACACUAAUACAAAACAAACCCCAAAGACCCCAAAACUAAGUGGAGAGUUGAUUUUACCAAUAGCGUUGGACUGUCCCACUACCCUCUUGCUCCUUCUAGGCUUAGGUAAGAAAUAGAUUUUUU